UGAUCGUAUUAAUGGGUGUGGCACUUAAUGCCGACGAACGCCCAGUAUCACAUGACUUUGCCAUUGCAUUAACUUCCAUGCCGCCUCUCCUGGAGUUGAAGGAAAAAUCUGUUGGGAAUUUGAAGAGCUACGCCUCUGCAUUAAGAGAUCAGUUAAAAAAUGUCAAAAAUGCUUUGCAGCAGAUGAAAAAAUUACGCAGCCAUUCCAAAACCCAGUCCGACUCAUAUACCAGCAACGUGUUCUACCAAUAUAGAUUGACACGUCACAUGCAUCAGGACUGGCCGAAGUGGUUAAAACUGAUGGCCAAAAAGCUAGGUGCAAAGCAAAUUGCCUCGGCACAGAGUCUACACCCAUUGUUGCCCACAGAAACGGACUUAUCUGAGGCCCUACUGGCUAUAUAUCGGCUGCAGACGACAUACAAGCUAAAAGCCAAGGACAUGGUAGCCGGAAUACUGAAGGGAAAAUAUUACAGUCACGACAAGUGGGGCGUUAUUGAAUGCAGUAUGCUGGGCCUGUUUUACUUCUACAAGGAACGCUACACAUACGCAAUAGAUUGGUUAAAGCUGGCCCUUAAAUUGUACAAACACUCGAAUGCCAAGUUAAUUAAAAUUAUGGACUGGACCUUUGUUGCCAUAUUGGAAAUACUGGUUGAAGCAACUAGGAUCUCUGGUCGCUACAAAGCCGCAUAUAUCUAUGCGAAUAGAACCUUGGCCAGAAAACCCAAUGACGACUAUAUGAAGCGUCAAGUGGAGCAACUGAAGGAGCUAAGUCAGCUGCCACUUGUGCCGAAUGUAGAAAGAAACAGCAACAAAUUGUACAAGAAAUUCUGCAACAGGCCAUAUCCACCGAUCGUUAAAGGUGUUUCUUGCCAUUACCUGCGAUCGACUCCGUUUCUUAAGCUGGCGCCCAUUAAAAUGGAGGUGCUAUCUCAGGACCCAUCUAUUACCUACUACCAUGGAUUGUUGAGUGACGUUGAAGCUUCUACAUUAAAGAAUUUGUCGCGGCCAUUAUUACACCGAGCCGAAUUUUUCGACUUUAAGACAAACUUAUAUGCAAUGGACUACUACGGCCAACGCACCUGCAAGACAGCGCGACUGGACGAUCAUGUCCACGAAGUGACUGAGGCCUUGAACCAACGUGUAUCUCAUGUCACCGGCUUGCUUUUAACCGACUCGGAAAAGUUACAGAUCAUUAAUUACGGCAUGAGUGGGCAUAUACACGAACACAUUGACGCGUCCAAGAGGAGUUCGGAAGGAGAGUGGGAGACGGGCGAUCGUACGGCCACUGCCUUAGCCUAUUUGACCGAUGUAGAACAGGGUGGCGAAACGGUGUUUCCUUUACUUAAUAUAACCGUAGUACCGCGAAAGGGCUCCGUAAUGGUUUUCUAUAAUCUCCAGCUAAAUAGUCAAGCCGAUGAAAGAACCCUACACGUGUCCUGUCCCAUUAUUUUCGGCGAUAAAUGGAUCGCCACCAAAUGGAUACGCGAUAAGGCACAAAUGUUCAUCAGACCCUGUCCAAUACAUUUUAAACCACUGCCCAAAAGCGAUCUGUUACCGGAAAUGGAAGUGACAAAUGACCUUGACUUUAUCCGCGAAGAGGAUUAUGCCGGAAGCCUUAUGAAAUAAUCAGGCUAAACAAUGCAUUACAUAAUAAUUGUUACAAGUUUAGAAAUGUACUUUUUAUUUAUUAGAAACCAACUGAAAUCUGGGAAAGUAGAAUCUUUUUGAAAAUGCCGGCUUUAAGUUGAAUUUAUUAACGAAUAUCUGUUACUUAUUCUAAUAUUUUUUCAAACAGAAAAAGCAUGUUUAUGUAACUGCCUUAAAAAAAAUUACAAUGAAAAAUAAUUUGUUUCUAUUUUGAGGCAAAUCCAGGCAGAGAUGAAGAAAUAAAAAGUAAAAGAACAUUAAUUAUAAAAUAUUCAAAAAUAAAAAAAAAGGCUUACAAAAAUAUUAGGCAAAAAAAAGAACCCGUCCGGCUUUCUGUCCUUCUGCUUCUGCUGGUUUUAUAUGAUUCUAAAAACUGAAUCUUCUGCUUGAGAAAUUGAACUCAAUUUCCAAAAUCAAACUGCAGCUCCAACUCUUACGACACUUAGCCAAAAUAUUGCCUCGUCAUGCUGUACUGCCUGCCUCC